AUGGAGAAGAAAUCAUUGACCGGAUACAGGAGGCGAUAUCAAAGGAAGGGGAUUGCUGGCCAAUCGCAGGUCACACUAAAGGUCAUCCUCUCUGUCUCCACACUGACCACCAACACAGCCACUAAAAAUGCCCAUCAUCUAACCCAACCAGCCAUACAUCCAACCCACCCACCAUCCAACCCAACCACCAUCCAACCAGCCAUACAUCCAACCCAACCACCAUCCAACCCAACCAGCCGUACAUCCAACCCACCCACCCACCAUCCAACCCAACCAGCCGUACAUCCAACCCAACCACCCACCCACCAUCCAACCCAACCAGCCAUACAUCCAACCCAACCACUCACCCACCAUCCAACCCAACCAGCCAUAUAUCCAACCCAACCACUCAACCACCAUCCAACCCAACCACCCAUACAUCCAACCCAACCACCCACCAUUCAACCCAACCAGCCAUACAUCCAACCCAACCACCCAACCACCAUCCAACCCAACCAGCCAUACAUCCAACCACCCAACCACCAUCCAACCCAACCAGCCAUACAUCCAACCCAACCACCCACCAUCCAACCCAACCAGCCAUACAUCCAACCCAACCAGCCGUACAUCCAACCCAACCACCCACCAUCCAACCCAACCACCCAUACAUCCAACCCAACCACCCACCAUUCAACCCAACCAGCCAUACAUCCAACCCAACCACCCAACCACCAUCCAACCCAACCAGCCGUACAUCCAACCCAACCACCCAACCACCAUCCAACCCAACCAUCCGUACAUCCAACCCAACCACCCACCAUCCAACCCAACCACCCACCCACCAUCCAACCUAACCAGCCAUACAUCCAACCCAACCACCCACCCACCCACCAUCCAACCCAACCAGCCAUACAUCCAACCCAACCACCCACCCACCCACCAUCCAACCCAACCAGCCAUACAUCCAACCCAACCACCCAACCACCAUCCAACCCAACCAGCCAUACAUCCAACCCAACCACCCAACCACCAUCCAACCCAACCACCCGUACAUCCAACCCAACCACCCACCAUCCAACCCAACAAGACAUACAUCCAACCCAACCACCCAACCACCAUCCAACCCAACCACCCGUACAUCCAACCCAACCACCCACCAUCCAACCCAACCACCCACCACCCACCAUCCAACUCAACCAGCCAUACAUCCAACCCAACCACCAUCCAACCCAACCACCCACCCACCCACCAUCCAACCCAACCAGCCAUAGAUCCAACCCAACCACCCGUACAUCCAACCCUACCACACACCAUCCAACCCAACCAGCCAUACAUCCAACCCAACCACCAUCCAACCCAACCAGCCAUACAUCUAACCCAACCACCAUCCAACCCAACCAGCCGUACAUCCAACCCAACCAGCCAUACAUCCAACCCAACCAGCCAUACAUCCAACCCAACCACCCACCCAUCCACCAUCCAACCAAACCAGCUAUCCUAACCAAAUACUGUCCAACCCACUCAUCCAACCUAACUACCUACCAUUCAACACAACCAGCCACCCAUCCAUACAAACCAAAAAAACACCAUCCAACCCAACAAGCCACCCAUCCAACCCAACAAGCCACCCAUCCAACCCAACCAGCCACCCAUCCAACCCAACCUGCACCACUUUCCAGAAUAACAAAGACCUUCAGACCAUCCUAA